AUAAUCUUCCAAAGACAAAACAGCAAAAAGCCUUAAUAAAUAAUGAGCUUUUAAACAAGAUAAAGACCGUAUUAUUAAAUCCACAAAAUACUUUGCUCUAUGAUAAAAACAUGCGAUGUUGGGUUAAAAAAAAAUUUAGAUUGGAGGAAAUUGUGUUAGGGGACUACAGAGUAGUUGUAAAAGCUACGAACAAUCCUGUAUUAAUAGUUGAAAAAUUUUAUAAGGUUUUAUGUCAAACCCAUGGUGAAAUAACGCAGCAUGGCGGUCAGAAACAAACGUGGAAGUCCAUUCAUGAAAAAUGGGGAUAUAUUAAGCAAGAAAUUGUGGAACAAUUUGUGAACAAUUGCACAGCAUGUGCAGUAAGGAAACCAGCAUUUCACUCUUUGGCAGCUAAACCGAUCAUUGCUAGGAAUUUUUUGUCCAGGAUGCAGAUGGAUCUUAUUGAUUUAUCUUAUAUUCCUGAUGGAGAGUUCAAGUAUGUGUGUCAUAUAAGAGACCAUUUUAGUAGGUUCUCGUGGACCAAGGCCAUUAUGUCCAAAAGACCAAUUGAAGUUCGUCGUGGUUGCAAUGAACAAUUCAUGGUGCAGAUCCCACAAGAAAACCCCUAUGAAUUGGUCUAUAGAAACAAGCCCCGUAGUGAUUGUACUCUGAUAAAUGAACUUUAUACAAAUAAUAUUUUCAACGAAGAAGAAAUAUCAGAUACAAUCGAGGUCUCCGAUGCUGAUUACGAAGCAAACCCGGAUAAUGAUUUUUUGCUUAACAACAUUGAUGAUUCAGAACAAUCACCUGAUAGUGUUGUUUGUUCAGUUCACCCAAUAAUAAUAUUGGUCGUUCUGUGUCUUCGCCCACAAGCCCUGUGUUUUCUCCCAGAAGUUUUGUGUCUUCGCCCAGAAGCCCUAUGCUAUUACAUGAUAAUGAUGGGACGACUACGACAAUUAUGCGCGGAGAAGGGGCGCAUAAUAAAUAUGUCUUUGCCUAAUAAUCGUGAUCUGGUGUCUUCGCCCAAUAACUAUGGUCAUGUGUCUUCGCCCAAUUACUGUGAUCAUGUAUCUUCGCCCAAUAAUUGUGAUUAUGUGUCUUCACCCAAAAACCCGGUGCUUUUGCAUGAUGAUAAUAGUAGUUAUACUAAGAAAAAAAUAUAUAAAAAUGCUUAUGGACGUGUGUUUGACAUUUUCAGUAACUGUAAUCUAGGUUUUUUGUCUGAUCUAAUGUCUUCGCCCAAUAAUCGUAAUCUGAUGUCUUCGCUCAAUAACCGUGGUUAUGUAUCUUCGCCUAAUAACUGUGAUCAUGUGUCUUCGCCCAAUAAUUGUGGUCAUGUGUCUUCACCCAAAAACCCGGUGCUUUUGCAUGAUGAUAAUGACGUGGUACUAAAGGGACGACUACGACAAUUAUGCGCAGGGAAAAGGCGCAUAAUAAAUAGUGAAUCAGUAUUAUUUUCUAACUAUAAUGUUUUGCCUUUGUUAAAUAAAUAUGGUUUAGUGUCUUCGCCCAAUAAUCGUGAUUCAGUGUCUUCGCCCAAUAACGGUAGUUUGGUGUCUUCUAAUAGUUGUGGUUUGGUGUCUUCGUCCAAUAACUAUGGUCAUGUGUCUUCACCCAAAAACCUGAUGUUUUUAUAUGAUAAUGAAAUGCUUAUGGAUGUGGUACUAAAAAGACGAUUACGACAAUUAUGCGCGGGGAAGGAGUGCAUAAUAAAUAUGUCUUCGUCCAAUAACUGUGGUUUGGUAUCUUCGCCCAAUAAUUGUGGUCUAGUGUCUUCAAGCAAUAGCUGUAAUGGUGCUCUUGUUGACAUAACAAAUAAUCUAAAUUCUGAACAGCAUGAAAUGUUACGAGAUGCAGCACGACGCAACCUUCAGCAGUAUACUGAUAAAAUGGCGCAACAAAUAUUAAAAAAAAGAAAGCUUAUUGAUUUUAAAGUUGGUGACUUCGUAAGAGUAAACAUUCCAAGGAUUGAUCGAUUUAGUAUUGAUUGUCCUACCUUACCUUGCAAGAUUUUGGAAAAAAUUGAAGACAACCGAUAUCGAUUGGGUUGUAAAUUCGGGAUUAUUAAUGUAUGUUACUCCUCAGGUGAGCUUGAAGCACUUGGAACUACCACUUAUGUUGAACUUAAUAAUAUACCAUCGAAACAAGUAUCUAUUCGUAAAGCGGCAAGACUCCAAAGUGUAGGAAUGGUGUCGAGUUCUAUUUGUAAUUGA